CGGCGGAGGUUUAAUUUCUUGUGCAGUCACCAUUUAGACAUUACCCGCGCGUGUACACUCGCCACACACAUACACUCGCACAGACACAAGUCCGUCCGUCCGAACGGAAUUUUUUUUCGCGAAAUCGCAUUCACCAUAAUAUCGUAAUAAAAUAAUAUAAUAUAAUAUCAAUUUAAUAUUAUAAUAAUAUUAUUAUCUUACCGCACAUUUUAUACACACCCGCACACGGCAUCGGGACCGAACCGAUUUUUCCCCCGAAGGAGGACGACGACCGCGAUAAGCCGCUGCAGAGCCCCAAGUGCACCAGUCGUCGAAUAUACACAGAUUUUCCACUCGCCGCCAGUUGGCUUGCUGAGAUGACUUCUUGCAGGCGAAGACUGCAACACUGAACGCAAUCCGAGACCGCACUCACGCAGACGCCAUCGCCGCCCAGGGGUAUUUAAUAAUAUUAUCCUGCACCCCGUCGCUAGGGGUUGAUAACCACUCAAGAGACACAUAAGCACACACACAGACACAUAAGCACACAGACGCACGAGAUUCGAUCGUCCACGCCCGUCAAAAUGAUGUCUACCGAGAUGAAAACGUUUUCGCUGUGCUUCGUCUUACUGCUGGUGAAAAGUUCAGCCUUUGGAUUGGUCAACGGUGAUUCAUCACCAGGACCCGUAUAUGUUAAUCCGGAUUUAGUUUACGAAAAACCAGAACCUGUCGCUUCGCAGGUAGUUUCGCCCGAUUCUCAAAUCACGCAAACGGUAUAUGGAUUUUUGGACUUUACUACAACGAUUGGUAACACUGUUAUGGUUUUCAUGCCACAAAGUGCGUCUACUUCACCAGGUACUACUACAGUUGAAGAACCAUCAACUACAGAAGGUACAACCACCACUAUUGAAGAAAAGCCCAUUACAAAAGAACAGCUGGAAACAGAGUCCAUUGGAAUUACGCCCAGUAAACCAGUGAACUUACCAGUCGAUUCAAAAAAUGAAGAAAUAGUUAUGACUUCAAAUGAACCUAUAACCACCACAAAAGAAACAACUAUUGCCGAACCGACGACCACUACUACAAAAGAACCACCCACUACGAAAACCACAGUGAAAAAAUCUGAACAAGAGAAAAAAUCAACAGGAGCUCCAGUGACAACAAAGAAAACCACUGCCAAACCAACUACGCCAUCACCUCCAAAACAAAAACCAGUUGGAAACGCAAAUAAAGAACCAGUAAUAAGCUCAAAGGUCGUGGUUUUGGCGGGUUCUAAAGUCGUGGAAAAUAUCGUAACCAAAGUCGAGGUCAUUGAGGGAAGUGCACCAGAGCCAUCGAAGGUGGUGGAAAAGGCGAUUUACAGUAAAGUAGAAGUUAUUUCUGGUGAACCGGUCGAAGAGGUGGCAGUAAACCACUUACAACCAACACCAGAAUAUGAUUUCCUUUCCCGACAACCUUCAGAAGUUGUGGAUGAGACGUUCAAAGUGAUUGAUUUGAAACCCAGCGUAUCUAGACACGUCCUCGUUCAAAAAAGUCGAGGUCCCGAAGGAAAACUCCGAGCGUUCAACUCAGUAGCAAACUUUAACGCUGAAGAAGAGCCAACGACAAAUAAGGCACCGAAAAAAGUAGCAGUAAAGAUAUCCCCAUCUGCGUCUGGUGUCCGAAUCCUUAAGACAGCUGCACCUAAGCCUUCUACCAGAUCACCAAACGUUGAACCUACACCAGUCACAUCUGGAUUGGAAGACGAAUCUCUAGAGUCGUUAGUGGGCUCACAACCGGGUUCGGUAUUGGUUCGACAAUCCAGGAGGCCGGCUAUUGGUGGAGGUUUCAAUAAAAACAAGUACACGCCUACGCCAAAAAGUAAAUCAAAAGAAUUUGAAGAUUAUUCGACUACCGAUGAAGAACAAAACGAAUUCACCUCUGCUCAAAAUGAGCCUACUACUCCGAGUUACAGGAAAGGAUCUAAAUUCACCUCAAAAAUUACUACUACAACACAAAGAGUUCCCAGUUUUAAACAAAACCGAUUUAACAGACCGACCACAGCUGAGCCAGAAGUGGAGUCGACUGAGGGAUCAGCUACGCAAAGACGGUUCCAACCUAGUGCCAAGCGUUACGACAGUAACACCAGUGCGGCGGUAGUGACGCCAGCUAACCGCCGGGCUUUCAAAAAACACUUUCAACAACAAGAACAAUCUCCCCAGUCCAGCCCACAACCCAUCCCGACUGCUCCGUUGACGUUCAAAUCUAAACUCAUCCGACCAACUGGACGUUGGGAGUACAAAACAUCUCCCAAACCUCGUGUAACCAUUCGCCGUAUCGAUGAAAACCGACAUGGACAGGAAAAUGCUACCACACCUUUGACACCACAUUUCCCCGACGUACAAGUUGACAACGGAGACCAAGCGUUGGCUGGUUCAGGUUUAUUGCCAGCCUUACAACACGACGAUGACAACGACGUUCUUGUUCAAGACGUGAGCCCGUCUGCAAAUGCCGAAACAAUCCGAGUGGAAAUUUCUACUCCAGCUGAAUUCAAGGACAUAUACUACGAAAUUGCCACGAUCAAAUCACCGUACUCAUUCCAAGUGGGUUCAGUGAAGAAUACCAGGUUCAUAACGGUGACGUCGACAAUCCAAAAGAGCCUGGUGGAGCAGACCGACAGCCCGUCGCCGGCCAAAGUACAGGAACCACUGUCCGAGAACAUACUUGCCAGCCAGGCACCCAACCUGUAUGGCCGUGAGCAGCCACUGGACUCCAGCCUGGCCACACUUCCACCGAUCUCGCUUUCCCCAGACCAGGCCACGCCGCCGCUGGAGACGAUGACUGAGAGCUUCAGUACCACUGAGUUGAUGCUCAAGACGCACAUCCUGCCGGUAGUCCGCGGGUCGGACACCAGCAGCGUGACGCUGGUCCAGUCGUACAAGGUAACCAGGCUGGUGACCGCGGUCAAGACGCUGCCACCGAUGGAGGUGUACCAGUUCGUGCCCAGCAAGACGCUCAACGAGUUCAACACGAGGCUGGACGAGGCCGGAUCUGAGCUGCACCUGGAACUCGAGUACGGAGAUAGCGGCAACCACGAUGAUGAAUCUUCACACCCGAGCGCGGCUAAGGCAUUCUUGGACAGCCUGGACCUGUCCAACGUAGGAUCGUCAUUUGACGUGUCGCAGAUGGACAAGGCGAACGGUGCGCGGUCGAAGAAGGCACACCGGAUGGCGUCGGCGUCAGGCAAUUCCUCGUCGGCCGCCGAACACCCGUCGCACCAGUACCAGCAGCAGCUGCAGGCGCCCACCAUGAGCCCCGAACAGCUCCAGCAGCUUGCCCUGUACCGUCUGCUGAACCCGAACGCGCCGAUACCAGCGCCGGUCAUCACCACCUCUCGGCCGGUGCUGCGGUACGAGACCGUGUACGAGACGCAUGCCCUGCCCGUGGUCAACGGCGGCGCCACGUACUACACCACCCUGUCCCGUCCUGUGGGCACGGUGACCAGGACCGAUUACGAGCUGGUUACCACCACGCUGGCCAUACCACAACCGCAGUCACUACCAUUCCAACAGCCACAGCAGCAGCUCCAGCCCACUCCACUGUUCCAGUUCCAGCAGACCCCGAUGUUCCCGCAGCAACUCCAGCUCCAGCAGCAACAGCAGCAGCCGACACUGUUCCCAGCCCAGCCGUCGUUCGCCAUCACGUCCACGCCCGUCGUCACCCAGUCGAUGGUCACGCAGACCGACAGCAAGGUGCUGAAGCUUACGUUCGGCGCCAAGACCGCGUACACCACCAUUUACUCCAGCUCGGUGGUACCCACCCAGGUCACGUCGUACGUGACCCAGUCCGUGGCCGUCCAGCCGACAGUCGCUCAGUUCCCCAACUUCAUACCGUACGGCGGUUACCCGUUCCUGGGCUAGACCACCACAUCACGAUGCUCGCCGCCGUUGCUCGAGUGCCAUUGUACAUUAUUGUUACCCGGACGCCAGCGACCGGACAUCCGGACGAUGACCAAUCGUCGUGACUUGUACAUAACUACAUUAGUAUUAUUAUUUUUUUUUUGUUUCCAAAAAUCGCUCAAAUGUCGUGAAAUCGUCCGGUGGGAGCAUUAAUUAUUAUUAUUAUUAUUAUUAUUAUUAUUAUCAUGCGUAUCGCGUUGUACAUAAUAUUAUUAUUAUUAUUAUUAUACUUUUAUUUGCUCUUAUAAUCUAUUAUUACUGUAACUGUGGGAAGACGCGAUCGCCAUGUCGAGUACGAUGUGUUUGGUUUCGUCUGCCGUCUAUUGUUACGAUUGUUUUUAUUAUUCUUUUAUCUUUUCGCCUCUUUUACGUAUCGUCGGGACGUUCGUGGUCGCCGUACCAUUUGCGCGACAGACGCUGUAGCAAUGGAAACAUAUAACUCCCGAGAAAUGCGGCUUUUUCGUGAAAAAUUUUUCCCGAAACAUGGCCGAAGACGACUUCUCGUUUUAUAAUAUCGUCUUUCGAAAAACACUGAGUUUGGGUCAGAUAUAGCGCCAAACAUUUUAAUCAACAUUUUCUGAAAUGUUUUGGCAAAUUAAAUAAAAAUAAUAAUAAUAUGUAAUCGUCUGGUUUCCGCGCGGACCCUUUCAAAUAUUAUAUCAUCGCUCGCGCUCGUUUCACCUCGACGAUUAUAAUAUAUCCAGUGAUUUUUUGCGCGUUUGGUAUGGGUUAGGCCGACCCGACUUUAGGCCGACCUACGUAUCAUUUUAUUAUCAUAUCGCUACUUAAAUAUUAUUAUUAUUGCGUAGAUAAAUACAAAAAAAAAACAUCUACGGUUAUUAUUAUUACCAUUAUUACGGCACGUCAUAAACGAUUUUCCACCGUAGUAAUAGCCGCCGCCUUACGCGCAUGAUUGUGUCUAUACGCUCGCCCGUCCAUUUAUCACCCGACCGGAAUCAAACUUUGAAAGUCAGCCAAAACUUUGCGGUGUAUCUUUUCUCCCUCCAGUCCAUUCACUUUGCUCGUGGCCCUCACCGUUUUUUCCUCCUCGGUGUUAAAUAACAAAUCUGGAUGCCAGUCGUGAUUAAUUGCUUUUUCCCGAUAGAAAAUUAUUUCCGAAAAGAAAGGAUGGUGCCAAAUACAAAGAGGUCAAAAAAACAAUUUUGAGUAGCAUUAGACUAUUAUUAUUAUUAUAGAGUUUAGUAAAAUUCUGUUUUUAAAUCAUAAAUUAUUGUUAAGUGUAAUUAUGUUUUAUAAUAUUAUAUUAUAUUGUAUUAUUAUUAUGUUUAUUUUUAUACUAUAUAUUGUAACUAAUGUUUUUUUUUCAUGUAUAAGAUAAAUAUUAUUAUUUAGUUUAAUAAAAUAUUUGUACAGUUUAAUCGAAAAAUAUGUAAUUAUAAUAACAAUACUCUUCUUUAA